AUGUUCUUCUUUUUCUUGUUGUUGGUAGUGCCUGCUCUAGGCUUGAGAAAUAUCAAUGUGACUCGUACUAUACGCUUUAAGGGAAGUAUUGUAAAGGUACAUCAUGAUAUUCUACUCAGUGAAACACCUGCCGAGUACCAAAUUGUCAUUGAAGAAAGAGACUGGAAACAUUUGGCCUUCAUAGGUGCAUCGUAUGGAGACGCUAAGUCACCACGAAAGGUCUCCGUAAAGCCAAAAGCCGGCAUGCCUUAUACGUACUCUUUAGAUCUUGGGAAACCAUCAACCCAACAAAUUCAUUUGUUUGUCGACUAUGUAUUAACUGAAUUGUUAGAACCAAGACCUGCCGAGAUUCAUCAAGCUGAUAAGCAGUUCGUCAAGUUUAGUGGCAAUACUUACUUUUAUUCUCCGUAUCUGACUGACAAUCAGCUAACGUCCAUCCACUUGCCCAAGGGUCAACUCUUGACUCACACUGCUACGUCAAUCCCACCUGUCACAAAUGGAAAUAAUCUAGUCUAUGGUGCUUAUGAAAGCCGUCCAGCCUUCUCGAUGGAGCCACUUGUCCUACAUUUCGAGUACUACGUUCCAUUCCUGACGGUCACUGAUAUGACUCGUCUCAUCGAGGUAUCGCACUGGGGAAAUAUUGCUGUUGAAGAGACGCUUGAAAUCGUGAACACGGGUGCAAAGUUGCGUGGUUCGUUUUCUCGUUUAGAUUUCGACCAUGGAAUCGGACAACAGGUUGCAGUCAACUCUCUUAAGACAGUUCUACCACCGUCUGCAAAAGACAUUUACUAUCGCGAUGAGAUUGGCAAUAUAAGCACAAGCACAGUUAAAAACUUACUAGAUUCCAUGGAAGUAACUCUUGUUCCGCGCUUCCCGUUGAUGGGUGGAUGGAAAACACGCUACACAAUAGGAUACAACAUCCCAGCCUAUGAGUUCCUCUAUCACAGUGGUUCUAACUUUGCUCUUGUAAUGCCGUUUAUCGACCAUGUUUACAAGAAUCAAUUCAUUCGCAACUUAACACUGAAAAUUGUUCUCCCUGAGACCUCUGACGAUAUCCACUUCGAAACGCCUUUCCCAGUUCAUGAACAGCAUUUCGAAAAUAUAAAAACAUACUUAGACACAUCAGGCCGAAGCGUUAUUGUCUGCAAAGCUGCAAAUCUUGUCGAUGAACACAUCCAAGACUUCAAGGUGAAUUAUCGCUUCGUCCUGCCAAUGAUCCUCCGAGAACCUAUGAUGCUUGUCUUAGCGUUUUUAUGCAUGUUCGGCGCUGUAAUAAUUUAUGUUCGCUUAGAUUUUUCAAUCUAUAAGGAUGAGAAAAAUGAACUUCGCCUUCGAACACAAACGCUAGUAGAUGAAGCUCAAGCCUUGCUAAGAUGUCGUUCUUCUUUCUAUCACUCUUACGAAGAUACCCUGACAAAAUAUAAAGCGUCUAAAGAUAACGCACAAUUCACAACUGAUCGUCGUAAAUUAGAAGCGGAAUAUAAAAGUCUAAAUCAACAGUUAAUGUCAGUUCAAAAUAAAAUAGGAGAUUUGUACCCGGACGGAGUAGAUAAAUUGAAUGACAUCAGUCAUUUGGAUCAACAGUAUCGUGAUUUAAUUCAAGAAGGUAUCCAACUGGCAGAAAAACUUCUCACUGGCAAGUUGACAAAAGCACAAUAUCAGUCCUCAAAUGACGAUUUAUGUUCUAAGAAAGCUGAUAUAAUCUACAGAAUAGAUUCAAUAUUGGAAUGUCUCUAG